CAGCUGGCACACAGCAAAUGUUAUCCUUCACCUUGCUCACCCCCUCGCUGAAUGCGCGCCCGGCCGUGCUGACUUCGGCUGCGUCGCGCGCGAGCGCGCCGCACAUGAUGGCCUGGAAAUCGGACACAUCGAUUGGCAGCGCGCUCAGGUCGAGCCGCGACACACUUGGGAUCGGCCAGGUGCCAUCCAACCUCAUCGGCAAUGUGGUUCCCACCUCGAUCGGCAAGGAGCUCACGCCGGCGUCGGUGGCUGCGCCGGCGGCCGUCACCGAGGCGGAGGUGCUCGAGUGCCAGGCCAAGUGGGCCAACGCGAUCGCGUCCAUCUCGUCCGUCUACCUCGAGGAGGGCGACUUUGUCGCGGCGGCGGGCGAGGCGGCGGGAGAGCUGUACGGCUACGGCCACCACAACGUGCUCUUCAAGCCGACCAAGGCGACCAAGCACCCCUUCCGCGCGACGGGCGCCGAGGCGAUGUCGUACUUUGUGGGCGCCGAGGCGAUGAAGAACGACGAGUUCAAGGGCGAGGACGCCGGCUUCGCCAUCAACGGCGGCAAGGGGUGGAGCAAGGUGGUCUUCACCAACCACCAGAUCGACCUCAACGGCGACACUGCGCUCGCGAUGGGCUCGUACGACUUCACCUGCGCCACGACCGGCGACGUGGCCACGGUCGAGUACACCUUCGGCUACAAGCGGUGCGCCGACGGCAAGCCGCGCAUCCACCUGCACCACUCGUCGGUGCCCUACUCGGCUGCGCCGGCGGCCGUCACCGAGGCGGAGGUGCUCGAGUGCCAGGCCAAGUGGGCCAACGCGAUCGCGUCCAUCUCGUCCGUCUACCUCGAGGAGGGCGACUUUGUCGCGGCGGCGGGCGAGGCGGCGGGAGAGCUGUACGGCUACGGCCACCACAACGUGCUCUUCAAGCCGACCAAGGCGACCAAGCACCCCUUCCGCGCGACGGGCGCCGAGGCGAUGUCGUACUUUGUGGGCGCCGAGGCGAUGAAGAACGACGAGUUCAAGGGCGAGGACGCCGGCUUCGCCAUCAACGGCGGCAAGGGGUGGAGCAAGGUGGUCUUUACCAACCACCAGAUCGACCUCAACGGCGAGACGGCCACGGCGAUGGGCUCGUACGACUUCACCUGCGCCACGACCGGCGACGUGGCCACGGUCGAGUACACCUUCGGCUACAAGCGGUGCGCCGACGGCAAGCCGCGCAUCUAUCUCCACCACUCGUCGGUGCCCUACUCGGCCUAAGGCUGGGUCUGUGCGCGCCCCUCGACCCGCUAGUCCCGAGGGUCUCAUAUGCUCACAGGGCGCGCGAGGGCUUGUCCUGCGGCUGCGGAGGCCCCUAGACUGGGCGACGGCAAGCGCAGGCGCGAUUUCUUGGGGAGGGGCCGGGGUGUGAGGGCGUCAUGUGAGUUGAUGGCGUGGAGUCUCGUCCAGCACGCCGGGCAUAUACACCUGUGUUUUGUAGCUCUUGUUUGUGAGUAGAAUGGAAAGGAUAACGAUAAGGUCAUCGU